GUCUUAUCCUCCUCUCACGGAAACAAAAGCUGCUCCUUUCGUAUUACAUGGAAGCUUUCAAUUGCUUCGUUCGCUUCAAGGAACCCCCAAAUCUCUUCUUCUCUCGCGAUGACAUCGUCUCCGCGUCCAAUAAUGCUGGGGUUUCCAAGCCCACAUCGAUCCGUGCUGCGAACUCUGUCAGCUCUGUCGGAAAGAGCACUAGGGUUUCGAAGACCUUCCAGGGGAAACCGAAGUUCGCCGCGAUUUCAAUUAGCCCCAGGAAGAGUAGGAUCGGAGCUGGUCUUGCUGCUGAUGCCGAGAGGGUUAGGAUUCGCGAGGAGCUCCGGAGGGAAACGGAGGAGACCUUGGAGUGGGGCUCCGUCUGCUCCCAAGUCUCCGCCUUCGUUUCCACGAGCGUGGGCCGCGCCCUUUGCCGGAGCGGAAAUCUGCCGGUUGGUCGAGAUCGGGAGGAGAGCGAGAAGCUACUGGACCAGACGGCGGCGGCUGUGCUGCUUCCGCGGCCACUAGACUUCUCUGGGAUCGAUGAUGUGUCGGAGAUUGUCAGAGCGGCAGUUGCAGGCGAGCUUCUUGUGAUCCGGGAGCUCUGUGCCAUUGAACGGAGUCUUCAAUCGGCAAGAAGGGUUUUUGAGCAAUUGGAGCAGAUCUCGGCCGAUGAGUCUUCUGAUAGGUACACUUCUCUUCUGGAGAUUCUGCAAGAUUGUGAUUUUCUGGUAGAAUUAGCAAACCAAAUAGCAUUUUGCAUCGAUGGUAAACUUUCCAUAGUUCUGGAUCAAGCUAGCAUGAAAUUGGAAUCCAUUAGGAUGGAGAGGAGGAAGAACAUGGAGAAACUCGAGUCCUUUUUGAAGGAAGUGUCCAUGAAGGUUUUCCAGUCUGGGGGCAUUGAUAGUCCUCUGGUUACAAAGCGACGGUCUAGAAUGUGUGUUGGCAUUAAGGCUUCACACAAGUCUCUGCUCCCGGAAGGUAUUGUUCUUAGUUCUAGUAGCUCUGGAGCAACAUACUUUAUUGAGCCAAGAGAUGCUAUUGAACUCAACAACAUGGAAGUCAGACUUUUCAAUGAUGAGAAAGCUGAGGAACUUGCUAUUCUGGGUGUAUUAACUUCAGAAAUCGCACAUGCGGAGACAAAAAUUAGGUAUCUAAUGGAAAAGAUUUUAGAAUUGGAUCUUGCUGUUGCCAGAGGAGCAUAUGCCUUGUGGAAUGGUGGUGUUCGUCCAUACCUCAUCCAGGACUAUGAAAGGUUCAAAUCAAUUAUAACUGGAGAUACAUUGUCAGUAGAUAUAGAAAGCAUUCAGCACCCUUUGCUCCUUGAACCUUCCCUUAGACACUUGCCUUCUGUCUCAGAAAAAGGAGUUGGAAGUUCGAUAUUGUUUGAUAGGAGGAAUCUGUCGAUAGACUCUGAAGAAUUUCUUGAAGUAGAACCCCCUGUUCCUGUCGACUUUAAGAUAGAAAAUUCUACUAAAGUGGUUGUGAUAUCUGGACCUAAUACUGGAGGUAAAACAGCUACUAUGAAAACUUUGGGCUUGGCAUCUAUUAUGUCAAAGGCUGGAAUGUUUUUAUCAGCUAGGGAUCAGCCAAAACUGCCAUGGUUUGACCAAAUUCUUGCAGAUAUUGGUGAUCACCAGUCGUUGGAGCAUAACCUGUCUACUUUUAGUGGGCACAUAUCGCGUAUCUGCAAAAUCACAGAGGUUGCUUCGGAAAAUUCACUCGUCCUGAUAGAUGAGAUUGGUAGUGGUACUGAUCCAUCAGAAGGUGUGGCUCUCUCAACCAGCAUUCUCCGGUACCUUGCCGAUCAUGCCAACUUAGCUGUUGUUACUACCCAUUAUGCCGACUUGAGCCGCCUGAAAUCUGGUGAUUCUCGGUUUGAGAAUGCUGCAAUGGAGUUUUGUUUGGAGACUUUGCAACCCACAUUUCGUAUUCUAUGGGGAAGUACUGGUAACUCAAAUGCCUUGAGUAUUGCUAAGUCGAUUGGCUUUGAUCAGAAGAUGUUAGAUCGUGCAGAAGAAUGGGUUAAGAAAUUAGAGCCUGACAGAGAAAGGGAAAGACAAGGUUCACUUUAUCAGUCUUUGCUAGAGGAAAGAAACCUGUUACAGGCUCAAGCAAAUGAAGCUGCAUUGGUACUUGAAGAAGUGAAGAAGUUGCAUUCUGAGAUACAAUCUGAGGCUGAAGAUAUUGAUAAGCGAGUGGCAGCCCUUAAGGCGAAGGAGUCUCAUUUGGUACAACAGGAGCUAAAGAUUGUGAAGUCUAAGAUGGAUUCCAUAAUCCAGGACUUUGAGAGUCGAAUUCAAAGUGCAACUCUUGAUCAAUUUAGUUCAAUAAUGAGAGAAUCUGAGAUAGCCAUCGCUUCCAUUGUUGCAGCGAAUUCCCCAAAAGAUGAUAUGUCAUAUGUGAACACAGAAAGCGGCAGUUCUUAUCUACCACAAAUUGGAGAUCAAGUAUAUGUUACAGGGUUAGGAGACAAGGUUGCUACUGUGGUCGCAGCACCAGCAGAAGACGGCACUACCACUGUCCAGUACGGAAAAAUAAAGGUGCGCGUGAAAAGAAAUGACAUGAGAUUGGUCCAAAGUAGCUCGGGCAGGCAUAAUUCUGCUUUGCGACCAAGAGGGCAGAUAAGAAGGUGGAACAGAGGACCUGCAAUGGAGGCAAACAAGGAUGAGGAGGCUGCCUUCGGGCCAGCUGUGAGGACGUCGAAGAACACAGUCGAUUUGCGGGGCAAGCGGGUCGAAGAAGCUUCCCAUCGUCUUCAGAUGGCCAUCUUGGGUUGCAAAUCGCGUGGGGUUCUCUUCAUCGUCCACGGAACGGGGACCGGAGCUGUGAAGGAGUGUGUCCUUGAGGUACUAAGGAAUCACCCUCGAGUGGCCAAGUUCGAAGAAGAAAGCCCGAUGAACUAUGGAUGCACAGUUGCUUACAUCAAAUAAGGUUGUGUUCUUCUGCUGCCAGCCAACAGAAUCAAAUCUUCCUCCCGGUAAACCUUGUUUUGUCUCUGAUCCAUAUAUGGCUAAAAAUUCAAAAAUAUCCUUUUAAAUAUUUUCUAAAAAAAGGUAAAUCGCAUGUAUAUAUCUCACCAUAUAAGUAAUUUCAUACUUAUUACUCUCUGUUUACGUUUGCCAUAUAUGUGCUUACCAAAUCUAGAAACUUUAAUAUAUGCCUUAUGGUUAAUUAAUUCAUUUAAAAUUCAUUUAAAAUUUUAUUAUGAUUAUAAGAAUACUAGAAGUACUUUAGGUAUUUAAAUUUCUUGUAACUCAAAUUAGUUAAUGCUAAUUAGAUUUUUUUAAUUAAUUUUUUUAUUAUAUCAAAUCAAAUGAUGCUCACAUGUGAACUCGAAUAUUUAUGCACAAAAUUUAAAUUUGUAUUAUUGGUUCGUAUCGAUGUAUCGAUCGGUCAUCGAUAUGAUACGUACUGAAUCGUACUGAGUAUAUCGACACACGGUACAAUGAGGUGUCUUAAUAUAUCGCAUGUAUUGGUCUCUUGUUGGAUUGGUAUAUAUUGUUCAAAUCGAGCGGUACGUCUCGAUACGAUGAAUCUCUAUUUACUUAAAUAAUUAUAUGGUUUAAGUGGAAAUUUGUAUGGGUUUUGAAAUAACCUCAUAGAAAACCUUACGCGCCACUCCGGUUCCGGUAAGGCCCGACUGCCGAUCCUGCAGAGAUCUGACGGUCCAUCGAAGCUGCACGAACGUUAUAGUUCCCGGUGGACACCGAAAACGCCCGCGGAAAAGACGCUCCGUUGAACAGGGGCGAAACAAAACCAAAACAGAAUCCGUUUGGUUGCGGCCUUCAUUCCUCUUAUCGAGAUUGAGAUCGUGGUUGCUUCUGUGUGUUGGCGGUGAUCGAGGAGGAAGGAGAUGGCGGAUCUCGAGAAGCAGCUGAAGGAUCGGGCGAAGGAGCUAAAGAUCCUGUUCAGGAAGGGGAUGAAGGUGGUCGGAUCUGCCUGCAAGAAGGGAUGGUACAAGGUCCGCAAGCUCAGGGGAUGAUCGAUUCCUCUUCCGGGUUUGUUCGGCUUCGCUUCUCUUGAUUCCGUUCAUGUAGAUCCAGCACGUUCACGGAUGCUUUUUAAUUUUCCGUCUUAGCCUGCUUAGAAGUUAGAUCUGAAUACGUUGUUGCGUGUC